AUGAUCCAUUAUCAUUAUUUCGUCGUGUACGUAAACGUACUUAUAAUAGCCUUAAUUUCAUCAACUUAUGGUUCACCUGCUGAUAGAUUAAUUGCAAUAGCAUGUGCCAAAAAUUCAUUCCUUCCAAUAUGUAAUAGAAGAUUUAAUUUCAGAGCUCGUGACGCUUUAAUGGAUAAUAGUAUGGAAAGAUAUGAUGGUAAAUUUCAAAGAUUAUCAUAUCAUGAUGAUAGUAGUAGUGGUCAUGCUAGAGCUCAAGCAGGUCCAUUAGUUCCAAUUGUAAUACCACCUACAAUACCAAAAAAUCGUCUUCAUUCUUUAAUGCAUCGUGUAAUGAAAGAUAUUCCAUUAUCGGAGUCUGAUAAGGAUGAAUUACGUGUUCUUCUUCCAUUAACACAUACUCCAUCAAGUGACGCAGUUCCUGCUGAUAAAAUACCACCCGAAGUUGUAGCAACUUGUUCUGCCGAUUGUACUGCUCCACAUUGUACACUUGAAUGUAAAUGUGCACAUACACAUCCAGCUGUAAACAUUAGAUGCAAUCCACCUGCUAAUGCAGCAUUAGCUAAUGUUUGUCAACAAUGGUAUGCACGUUGUACAAUGUACAGACCAUUAGAAUAUUAA